AUGGCGAAGGUAUUCGAUGCGGCUGAGGUGGCCAAACACAACACCAGCGAGUCCUGCUGGGUCAUCCUCUACGGCAACGUCUACGAUGUGACCAAGUUCCUCCCAGAGCACCCAGGCGGCUCCAAGAUCAUCCUCUCGCUCGCGGGCAAGGAUGCGACCGAGGAGUACGACCCCGUGCACCCACCAGGCACAUUGGAGAGUGAGCUCCCGCCCGAGGCCAAGCUCGGCCGCGUGAACCCAGACUCCAUCGUCAAGGAGAAGGACGAGAGCGUGCAGCAGGACCUGAAGGAGCAGCCUCAGGCGCUGCCCAUGGAGGCGCUGCUGAACAUGGACGACAUUGAGGAGCAGGCGACCCGGCUCAUCUCCAAAAAGGCGCACGCGUACUACUUCUCGGCUGGCGAUGAUAUGCAGUCCAAGAGGUUCAACAACACAGUCUACCGGGACAUCCUCCUGCGACCGCGCGUCUUUGUCGACUGCACAGCAUGCGAUAUGCGCACCACGCUCCUCGGGCACAAGGUGGGACUGCCCAUCUUCGUGGCCCCGGCGGCCAUGGCACGUCUCGCGCAUCCUGAUGGGGAGAAUGGCAUCGCAAAGGCGGCCGCCCACUUCAACGCCAUGCAGAUUGUGUCGAACAAUGCGUCCAUGACGCCGGAGCAGGUCAUUGAGGGGGCGCCGCCAGGGCAGUUGUUUGGCUGGCAGAUCUACGUCCAAAAUCAACGCGAGAAGUCAGAGGCCAUGCUGCGGCGCAUCAACAAGAUGAGGGACCACUACAAAUUCAUCGUCCUCACGCUGGACGCGCCCGUCCCCGGGAAGCGCGAGCUGGACGAGAGGGGCAACCUGACCAACGGCAUGAGCGUACAGAGCGGGAGCAACGAGAAGGGCGAGGGCGAGAAGCGGCCCGGAGGCGGCGGUGUUGGGCAGCAGCUCUUCUUCGGCACCGCGAGCGACCUGACGUGGCAGACCACGCUGCCCUGGCUCGCCAAGCACACUGACCUGCCCAUCGUGCUCAAGGGUCUGCAGACGCACGAGGACGCGUACCUGGCGGCCAAGUACGCGCCUCAGGUGAAGGCUGUCAUUCUCUCCAACCACGGAGGGCGCGCCCUCGACACGGCGCCGCCCGCCGUGCACACGCUGCUCGAAAUCAGGAAAUACUGCCCCGAGGUCUUUGGCAAGAUCGAGGUCUGGGUAGACGGCGGCAUCAAGCGUGGCACAGACGUGGUCAAGGCACUGUGUCUGGGCGCAAAGGCGGUCGGCGUCGGACGCAACGCUCUGUUUGGACUCGGCGCGGGCGGCCAGGCGGGCGUCGAGAGAAUGUUUGAAAUUCUGGAGGCUGAGACGGCCACGUGCAUGCGUCUGCUGGGCGCAAAGAACAUUUCUGAGCUGGGACCCAAGUUUAUCAACACCCGCAAGGUUGAGCGCGACAUAUACGAUGGCGAGCCGGGGCUGGACAAGCAGGGCCUGUGGGAACGCGCCAAGCUAUAG